AUGGCCAAGACCCCUAGUGACCAUCUGCUGUACUCCCUGGAGGAGCUGGUGCCCUACGACUUUGAGAAGUUCAAGUUCAAGCUGCAGAACACCAGCCUGGAAAAGGAGCACUCUCGGAUCCCCCGGGGCCAAGUCCAGACAGCCAAGCCAGUGAAGCUGGCCACUCUGCUGGUCACCCACUACGGGGAGGAGUAUGCUGUGCGGCUGACCCUGCAGGUCCUGAGGGCCAUCAACCAGCACCUCCUAGCAGAGGAGCUCCACAGGGCAACUGGCCCAGAAUAUCUGAUACAAGAAAGUGGCACAGACAGUUCAGUAAUGUCUUGUUCCUCUGGGGAGAAUAAGCCCAAGAGCCUGAAGACAUCAGAUGCUCCGCAAGGUGAUAGGCAGUGGCAAAGUGGUGACAGGGCAGCCAGCCUGCCAUCCAGCCAACUGGAGGCUGGAAGGGGGCCCCAGAAGAAGCCUCAGGUCAAACGGAGAGAUCAGAAGGGCUCCGAAGGCCUGGAUGUGCAGAGCAAGCCAGGGGCCAGGAGCGUGACUCCUUCCAGGAGAAGCCCAUUCCCUGGCAAGCUGCAGGAGGAGAAGGGAAGCAAUCCGAGUGCCAAGCUACGCAGGAAUGCCAGCUCUGCAGGAAGGCUCCAAGGACUCUCCAGUGGGUCAUUUGCUGGGUCCCUGGGAAGGAGAGAAUUCAAGAUAUCUGAAGUAUAUUUACCUUCAGGAAAGAAGCGACCCAAAAGUCUUGAAUUUAACAUUUCUUCAGGAGAAGGAGAACCCCUCAAUCCAGAAAUUCUUCUGCUUCAAGAGAGAAUAAGAAGUAAGAAUCCAGACUCAGUAGCCACCCCCAGUGAAGUGGCCACUCUGGAUAUAGGGGCUACUAUGGCUCCAGAGAAAGGCUCCAGGAAUCCAGAACCUUCCGUGACAGGGAGGCCGCAGGACAAGGCUGUGUGUCCCCUUUGCUGUGCCCAGGAAGGAGACCCGGAUGGUGGCACCUGUGUGCAAGAUUCCUGCAGCUGCUCCGUUGCUUCUAGGAAUCCCAAGGCCUUAGGUGGCCACUCACCCAGCUGCCCCUGGUGCCAGGCUUCACUCCCAGGGAAGAGUUCUGGAGGCCAAGAGCAGCAAGAGGACCCACAGAUAGCCAGCCUGAGCCCCAAGGCCCUGCCGCAGUGUGAGCGUCACAUGAAGCAGGUCCAGCUGCUCUUCUGUGAGGACCACGGGGAGCCUAUCUGCCUCAUCUGCAGGCUGAGUCAGGAGCACCGAGGCCACCGGGUGCGCCCUAUCGAGGAGGCCGCCCUGGAAUACAAGGAGCAAAUUCAGAAGCAGCUGGACCAUCUGAAGGAGUUGAGAAAAUCUGGGGAGGAGCAGAGAUCUCAGGGGGAAAAGAAGACAGCAAACUUCCUGAAAAAAACCAAAAUCCAGAAGCAGAGAAUCCAGUGCCAGUUGGAGCAGUUGUGCCAGUUUCUGGAGCAGCAAGAACAGCUCUUUGUGGGCUGGCUGGAGGAGCUGGGCCAGACCAUUGGCCAGGUCAGGGAGAGAUAUGGCACCCAGGUAUCCAAGGACAUCGCCCUCCUUGACGAGCCGAUUAGGGAGCUGGAGACCAAGCAAUGCCAGCCAGAAUGGGAGCUUAUGCAGGACAUCGGAGUCACCCUGCACAGGGCCAAGAUGGUGACUGUCCCUGAGCCAUGGGCCACCCCUCCAGAGGUGAGAGAAAAGAUCGACCUGCUCUACCAGAAAUCAGAGUUUGUGGAGAAGAGCAUGAAGAACUUCUCGGAAACCUUGCGCUCAGAAAUGGAAAACUUCAAUUUUCCGGAAGUGAUUGGUGCUCAGGCACCCUGAGUUAAUGUGAUUCUGGAUGUAGAAACUGCCCGCCCCAACUCAUCUUUCAUCUUCUCUGAUGACCUGAAGAGUGUGAGACUUGGAAAUAAGUAGGACCGUCUGCCUGACUAUCUGGAAGGAUUCUGUAGGUACAUCAUCGCCCUGGGCUCUCUGAGCUUCCUCUCCAGCUGCCAUUACUGGGAAGUGGAGGUGGGAGACAAGACAGGGUGGGUCCUGGACAUCUGCAAGGCAUCCAAGAACAAGAAGGGCAUGACUCUGUCACCGGAGAAUGCCUACUUGGUGGUGAUGAUGAAGCAAAAUGAGUACCAGGCAUCCACUUUUCUCCCAACCUGCCUGUGGAUGAGGGAACCCCCCAGGCGUGUGGGCAUCUUCCUGGACUACAAGGCUGGAGACAUUUCAUUUUACAAUGUGACAGCCAAAUCCCACAUCUACACAUUCACCGGCUUCUCUUCCUCCGGGCCCCUUCAACCUAUCGUCAGCCCCGGGACACAUGACGGAGGGAAGAACAUGCAUCCUCUGACCAUCUGUCCAGUGGGUCCAAUACUUUGCAUCUCUCUUCCAGCUCCCAGCCGUGUAUCUUGAAUUCAUACACUCAACAGUCAUUAUUGAACACUUACUGGGUUCCAGCUGCUGUGGGGAAUAUAAUGAAGAAGAGAAUAGUCCCUGUGCCCAAGGAGCUUAUGGAAUAGUUGCAGAAGUAAGCUAGGUACACAAAUAUUGUUAAACUAAAGGUGAAGGGAACACAUACUGAUAACAUGCCAUGGAUUUCAGAGGAGGAAGUACGUGGCUGUUGCUUAAUAAAUCCUUGUAUGAAUUAGCACCCUAACAUGCUGCUGAGGCAGAGAUCCACCCUCAUUUUCCCUCAGGACCCCGUGGCAAGGAUGUGUCCUCUCACUCUAUCCCCCUCUGUCUCGAGCACUUGGAAAGCCUAGAGAAAAAACAAGCAGACUGGAUUGUUACAAAAUAUUUUUGUACCUAGAUUAAUGAACUAUGGUUCUCAAGAGUAUUGGCUGGGGGCCUGCCCCAUGGCGUAGGGGUUAAGUGUGCAUGCUCCGCUGCUGGCGGCUCAGGUUUGGAUCCCGGGCGCGCACCAACGCACCGCUUGUCAGGCCAUGCUGUGGCGGCGUCCCAUAUAAAGUGGAGGAAGAUUGGCACAGAUGUUAGCCCAAGGCCAGUGUUCUUCAGCAAAAAGAGGAGGAUUGGCAUGGAUGUUAGCUCAGGGCUGAUCUCACACACACAAAAAAAGAGUAUUGGCUGGGCCUCACAAGUUAAUCAAUUAGAAAAUUUGGUCAUAAUUGCAUUUUUUGUCACUUAGUCAAUCACUGUGAGAUCCCAUUUCCCUAAUGAACACCCUGAAAGAGAUGAGGCUGCUGAAGUAGAAAAACAUUUGACACAUAUUCCAAGUGUCAGAUUAUU